UUGCUCGUGAAACAAAUUUCAUCGAAGCAAUUAAAGACUCUCCCGCAAGUUUGAUAGAAGGAAUUAUAUGCUUCUUUUCACUGUGGUCUGUAUUUGGCCUGGCAGGAUUUCACACUUACCUCACGACAUCCAAUCAAACGACAAAUGAAGAUAUAAAGGGUUCAUUUACUUCUAAAAAUGGGCAACAUAAAGUUAAUCCAUAUAGUAGAGGAUCAAUAUGUGGAAACUGCUUGGCUGUAUUAUGCACUUCAGGUCCUCCAAGUCUGAUAGACAGAAGAGGCAUCAUAACAGAAGAAACGGUUCUUCCUACCGACAACCACUGGAAAAUAUAUUCCUCCCAGUCCAGAGUCUACGGGCGGGAGAACGGUCCGACUUCCGGCGCCGCCGUCGUCGACCCGGACCCACCCGCCUCCGUCUUUCCUCCGAUGCGAAACGGCAGCGGCCCGCCGGCGGGCGAAGACCGCGGGACGACGGACGGAUACUACCGGAUCUCCGACGCCCACGAAGACCAACCGGGUGUAUACAGUAUACCCUUUGAGAACCAACAAUUAGGUAUUGAGAAAGAGUAUAUCGGAGUAACCAGAAGAAACCUGAAAGUACGACUAAAGGAGCACAAAUAUAGUAUAAAUAAAAAACUGAAUAGUACGAUAUUAGCAAGUAUGGCACAGGCAGACGGAUCAGUAGUCAAAUGGGAUGAAGCCAAGAUUGUUAGGACGGGACACUCACCUUCCAUCGCAAUGGAAAUGGAGAAAAUAGAGAUUUACAGAAGUAAGAUGAGGGACAGAUGCCUAAAUGCAAAAGAUGCAAAAGCAUUACCAACGGCUUGGAAAUAUAAAAUUGAGAAAAAUAUGGGUUUUAAUAAUCCAUAA